UUCAUUAUAUAUACACAUUUCUUGAAGUAUUAAAUCUUCCCCAAAAAAAUUCUGCAGAUCAGAAAUGGCGGCUUACUACACCAAGAAGGAGCUUACAAACAUUGGGCUCGACGGCUUUGCUCUCAUUGAUGAAUUUUAUGGCAGAGCUGGAGGACGAAAGGGCGGUAGAAAGCAGCAGCAGCAGCAGCUGCCCAAUUGCGGCGCCCAUGCUCAUCGUCCACUUCCUCCGCCACCGCCACCGCCGGCGGCGGCGGCGGCGGCGGUGGCCACUCCCUUUGUUUCUGGUAAUUAUCAUUCCACAGAUAGUAGCAGUGGCUACUCGCGAAGGGUUCAGUACCAGGGUUAUAAUUAUCGUUAUUCACCUUCUGAAUCUCACGUCGGUUGGGCUCCGGUGGCUGCUGCCGUGACGGCGGAGACCACUACGGUGGUGGUCCGCCGUGGUUAUGAAGCGGGUGACGCCGACAUCCUUAUGGAUAAGUACAAGUACUAAAUAACGUAAAUCUUCUAUGUUCACGUGAGAAUAAAUACUAUAUACUUAAUACAAUAUAAUAUGCAUGUAUGGGUACUUAAUGAUUGGGUACGUUCAAGUUUCUUGUGGCCUGGUUUCUAUUAGAAUUGCCAGCCCAGCCUUGUAACAAUCAUUUACCACUUAAUGUUUAUUAAUGUAGUAAUUUUGCUUA